AUGCAACCAAGAAACUUAUAAAAAGGAAAAAAAUCACAUAUUUUGUGAAAUUCCGAAGACAGUUUCGUUUUUUUUUCUUUCUCCGGCCAGUCAUGGCAAACUAUCGGUGGCCGUCAAAGCUAUCGAAGUUAUCACUCAGAGCAAAACAUACCAAUCUAUACCGCGUCAUUCUAAUCGCGAUCCUUUGCGCCGCCUCUUACUUCGUCGGAGUAUGGCAACACUCCGGCGGAGGAAUCUCACGUUCUCCCCUUUCAAACCACGAGCUCACGUCCGUGCCCUGCACGUUUCCUCACCAAACCACACCGAUUCUCAACUUCGCCGCCAGUCACACAGCCCCUGACCCUCCUCCGACAGUGACAGCGGCGCGUGUUGCUCAAAUCCCAUCGUGUGGCGUUGAAUUCUCGGAGUACACGCCCUGCGAGUUCGUGAAUCGGUCUUUAAAUUUCCCAAGAGAGAGGCUAAUCUACAGAGAGAGACACUGUCCGAAAAAACACGAGAUACUCCGGUGUCGGAUUCCAGCGCCAUACGGUUACACGGUGCCUUUCCGGUGGCCGGAGAGCCGUGACGUGGCGUGGUUUGCUAACGUGCCGCAUACGGAACUAACGGUGGAGAAGAAGAAUCAGAACUGGGUAAGGUAUGAGAAGGAUAGGUUUUUAUUUCCUGGUGGUGGUACGAUGUUUCCACGUGGAGCUGAUGCUUACAUCGACGAGAUCGGACGGUUGAUAAAUCUUAAAGAUGGAUCAAUUCGGACAGCCAUUGAUACUGGAUGUGGGGUAGCGAGCUUUGGGGCGUAUCUAAUGUCGAGGAACAUAGUAACGAUGUCGUUUGCACCAAGAGACACACACGAAGCUCAAGUUCAGUUCGCACUUGAGAGAGGAGUCCCUGCGAUCAUAGGAGUGUUAGCCUCUAUCAGACUCCCAUUUCCGGCCAGAGCCUUCGACAUCGCUCAUUGCUCUCGAUGUCUCAUUCCUUGGGGCCAAUACAAUGGCACGUAUCUGAUAGAGGUGGAUAGGGUACUGAGACCGGGUGGGUAUUGGAUUCUGUCUGGACCGCCGAUUAACUGGCAGAGACAUUGGAAGGGUUGGGAGAGAACCAGAGACGAUCUCAACUCGGAGCAGUCUCAGAUCGAGAGGGUCGCUAGGAGCUUGUGUUGGAAGAAAUUGGUGCAGAGAGAGGAUCUUGCGGUAUGGCAGAAACCCACCAACCAUAUUCACUGUAAGCGCAAUCGGAUAGCAUUAAGACGCCCUCCGUUCUGCCACCGGACAUUACCCGACCAGGCCUGGUACACUAAGCUUGAAACCUGUUUGACACCGCUGCCGGAAGUAACAGGAUCUGAGAUCAAAGAAGUAGCAGGUGGACAGUUGGUGAGAUGGCCUGAGAGAUUGAAUGCUGUUCCUCCGAGGAUCAAAAGUGGAAGCUUGGAAGGGAUCACUGAGGAUGACUUAGUCAGCAACACAGAGACAUGGCAGAGAAGAGUGUCUUACUACAAGAAAUAUGACCAGCAGCUAGCGGAGACGGGAAGAUACAGAAACUUACUUGACAUGAACGCUCAUCUUGGGGGUUUCGCCUCAGCCUUAGUCGAUGAUCCUGUCUGGGUCAUGAACGUUGUCCCCGUGGAGGCCAGUGUCAACACCCUUGGAGUUAUCUAUGAGCGAGGGUUGAUUGGAACAUAUCAAAACUGGUGUGAAGCAAUGUCAACUUACCCAAGAACGUACGAUUUCAUCCAUGCCGAUUCAGUGUUCAGUCUGUACAAAGACAGAUGUGACAUGGAAGAUAUCUUGCUAGAAAUGGACAGGAUUCUAAGACCAAAGGGAAGCGUGAUCAUCAGAGACGACAUUGAUGUGUUAACCAAAGCGAAGAAGAUUACAGAUGCGAUGCAAUGGGAAGGGAGAAUAGGAGAUCAUGAGAACGGACCUCUUGAAAGGGAGAAGAUUUUGUUUCUUGUGAAGGAGUACUGGACCGCACCUGCGCCUGAUCAGUCAUCAGAUCCUUGAUCAAGCUUGCAAUAAUCCAUUCUUUUUUUC